AUGAUUCCGGAAGAGAAAAAAAUAGACAUGGGCUAUAAUGCCAAUGAGGUGCCCGUUGAUAUGGGCGUGGUGGAAAGUACAAAUCUCAAUCAUGGUCUUCAACGACAGCUCAAGCCGCGUCACUUACAAAUGAUCGCCAUUGGAGGCGUGAUAGGUACUGGACUUUUUCUAGGAACCGGAACUGACCUAAAAGAUGGUGGUCCCGCUGGUUUGCUUCUUGGAUACUGUAUCAUGGCAUCUUUGCUAUACUCGGUAAUGGUCGCUUUGGGUGAAAUGGUUUCGCAAUUCCCUAUCCCAGGAGGUCAAUUCGCACUAGCUGGUCGAUUCAACUCGCCCGAGCUUGGCUUUGCCAUGGGUAUUUUGUUUUGGUAUAACUAUAUUGUCGUUCUGCCGGCCGAGAUAUCUGCCGCUGCCGUUCUUAUCACAUACUGGACUCCAGCAGGACAGUCAGAUUCAACCUGUACCACUGGAAUUUGUAAUAAUGCAAUGUGGGUAGGACUCAUGUUGAUAGUUGUGUUUCUCAUCAAUUAUGCCGGGACGCGCACCUUCGGCGAGAUGGAGUUUUGGUUCUGUUCAAUUAAGGUCUUGACAAUAAUUGGUCUGAUUAUUACUGGCGUGAUAAUCAGCGCUGGUGGUGGGCCCAAUCAUGAAGUAAUCGGAUUCAAGUUCUGGAAUGAGACAGGCGGCUUCGUACAGUACGAGGGAAUUGGGGGAGCCAAAGGGCGAUUUCUCGGCUUUUUCAGCGUAUUGAUUAAUGCGGCUUUUGCCUUCAUCGGAUCGGAGAUUACCGCAAUUGCAGCAGCUGAAACAUCCAAUCCACGAAAUAACGUGCCACGAGCCAUCAAGAGCGUUUGGAUUAGACUUGUUCUGUUCUAUCUUUGCAGUGCUUUUCUGAUCGGUCUCCUUGUAUCGCCCUCAGAUCCAUCCCUCAGCCUCACUUCGACGGCUGCUAAGAGCCCUUUCGUCAUCGCAAUUGAGAAUGCUGGAAUAUCUGUGCUGCCCUCCAUUAUAAAUGCUGCCCUCCUUACCAGUGCAUGGUCUGCCGGUAUUGCCGAUCUCUUCGUGUCAACACGCACCUUGUACGGACUUGCCUCUAGAGGCCAUGCGCCGAAGAUAUUUUUGAAGACCCGAAAGGACGGUUUCCCCUUGGUCAGCUUCCUUUUCUGCGCCGCAUUUUCCUUCCUCUCGUUUAUGGCCGCCGCCUCGGGAGAAGCGGGCAUGGUCUUCGGUUACUUCUCGAACAUGACCGCAAUUUGUGGCAUGAUCUCGUGGACGGGCAUUUUAUGGACCAGUAUUCGUUGGCACAAAGGGUUGAAGGCUCAGGGAAUCGACCGCCAGACUUUGCCAUACAGAGCACCUUUCCAACCUUAUCUCUCCUACUAUGGAAUGUCGAUCUGUAUUUUGGUCAUCAUAUUUGGUGGCUUCAGUGCGUUCAUCCAUUCUUUCAACGUGUCCUCCUUUAUCACAACUUAUUUCCCUGUUCCAUUUUUUGCCGUUUUAUUCUUUGGCUUUAAGUUUUGGAACAAGUCAAAAAUGGUCGACUAUCCAGAGAUGGACUUUGUGUCCGGAUCUUCGAUUGAGAUAUCUGACAAUGAAUCUCUCAAGAGUACGUGGCGAAAGAUCUCUGAGAGAAUCUGA